GGCAGAUGGCAGAUGGCAGAUGGCAGAUGGCAGAUGGCAGAUGGCAGAUGGCAGAUGGCAGAUGGCAGAUGGCAGAUGGCAGAUGGCAGAUGGCAGAUGGCAGAUGGCAGAUGGCAGAUGGCAGAUGGCAGAUGGCAAUCGGUGGCGCAAGUGACAAGACAGCAAGGCAAGACGGCAAGACAAGACAGCAAGGCAAGACAGAGGUUGGAUGCAACGGGAGGCGUCCGAGAGCAGACGCAGUGCGGGAGACGACCCAGUGACCGGGAAACAAGACACUUGCAGCAGCGGGGGUUGACAGGAACGGCAGUCAAACCAAGGCCAAAGCAGUGACCGGAGCAAUGACCAAAACAAUGACCGAACAAUGACCAGAACAAUGGCCAGGACGACAGGGACCAGGCAGAACGACCAAUUUGGCAGGAGCGUCUGGCCGACAGAUAUUUGGCAGGAGAGAUGACCAGAGUGAUGGUGUUGGCGGAACAGCGGAUUGGCAGCAGGGGCGGACGCCUGGAAGGGAGGGCACUUGCGGAGACAAAGGUUCGAUGGGGACAGAAGGCUGGCAAAGGCUGGCAAAGGC